CCCCAAACCAGUGCUGGGUGCUAGGUGCCAGCCAUGCUGCGGCCAUGACCACGCGUGUGUGUGGGCCAUCGCCAUCUCGAGGAGCCUCCAGUGUUGUGGCGUGACGUGUCUCCGAGUGGACAUCAUGGUCAUGGGGGGGCUCAGUUGGUUCCUGCUGAUGGGGCUUUGUGCCUUCGUCCCCCCCAUCACCACCCAAGGGGGACCAGAAGAGGACGUGACACCCAGCACCAGGAUGGAGGAGUUGGGGUAUCACCUCACCCAGGAUGGGGACCACCUCCAGGACCCCCAGCACUGUGGCAUCACCUUCCACACCCCAAGCCCUUGCAGCCCCCGUGGGCCACCACCCUCGGCCUCCCGGGAUGAGCUGGAUCAUCUCAAAGACCUCUUGCAGAACACCAAGGCGAGCCUGAAGGACGUGGAGAUGGCAGCUAUGCUGGAGGACAACCAGACCCGCUACCAGGAUAUCAUCACCGAGGCGCUGCCUGCCAUCCAUGGAGCCAACCUGGAAUUUCAAGAGAGCUUGGACAACGUCCGUAGGGAGCUGGAGGCUCACAUGGCUGAGGCCAAUCACCCCCAGAUGGCUGAGAAGAAGGAGAAGCUGAGGAAGGGUGUCCGUGUGGUGGCCCACAUGCUACGUCUCACUGGCCGCCUGGCCCAGACCCUCGAUGCCACCUCCCGCCGCCUCCAUGCUGAGCUGAGCCAGCGCCUGCAGAGCUCGGCCGCCCAUGCUGCCACCACCACCGAGCCCUAGGACAGCGGCGACAGGCUCUGCUGUCACCCUGCAUGGGGCCUUGCUUGCUGGUAGGACCCCAGGCCAGGUCAUCUCCUUGGCUUUUGGGGUGUCUGGAUCCUCUCCCCAGCUCUGGGACUUUGCGCAGGGGGUCUGCAAAGCCGUGUGGGCGCUGGAGACAGCAGCGCCAGGAGGGCAGGGGAAGGGGCUGCCCACCACGGGGUGCCAUCACACAUGCAGUGCCACCACACGUGCGAUGCUUUCACACAUGCGAUGCCAUUGCACACGCGAUGCUGUCAUUGCACAGGCGAUGCUGUCACACACGUGAUGCCGUUGAACACAUGAUGCUGUCACACACGUGAUGCCAUUGCAUGUAGUAUGCCGUCACACAUACGAUACUACCACACAUGCGAUGCUAUUGCACACACGAUGCCAUUGCACAUGUGAUGCUGCCAUGCACGCUAUGCCAUUGCCCACGUGAUGUCAUUAAGCACAUGAUGCUGUCACAUGCGAUGCCAUCACGCAUGACCCUGUCACACAUGCAAUGCCAUUGCACAACCAAUACCAUUACACAUGCAAUGCUGUCACUUGUGAUACCAUUGGACACACAAUGGCAUUGUACGUGCGAUGCCAUUCCACACAUGAUGCCAUCAUGUGUGAUGCCAUUGCACACAACACCAUUGCACGUGGAAUACCACGGCACAUGCAAUGCUCUCUCAUGUGAUCCCACUGCACACACAAUGCCACUGCACAUGCAAUGCUAUUACACAUACUAUGCCAUUGCACACAUGAUGCCAUUGCACAUGCUAUGCCCAUAACUCUGUCCCUGAGCGUUCCAUGCAUUUAUCCUGCAGAAGGUCUGUCAUCCUAUAACAAAGCCCAGUGCCACUGUGUGUGCCCAGCCCCUUGCCGAGGGGAAAACCUGUCCUUCCCAUCCCCAGCAGAUUUCUGCACCCUUUUGGGCCUCACUGGAAGAACUUUAUCCAUGCAGGCUCACUUUUUUCACAGCCAGACAGCCCUGUAUGCCAACAGUGAAGCCAUCUCACCUGGAAUCUGUCCUGAACUGGGUUCCUGGGGCUCCCAGCCCACUUGGGGCUCAGCUGCCCCUUGCCAGUGGUUCAACAGCAUCACCUAGAAUGAGCAGAGCUGCUGCCAGCCCUGGGGACUCCUUUACCCUUGGGAGUGCUUUGUCCAGGCUUGGAAGACCCUUUUUCACCCCUGGGGUGGUAGCAGUAGGGGAUGGGCCUGGGGUUUGACCCCUCCAGGUGGGCAGGGUGGAGGGGAUGGGGCUGCAGGAGAGUAGCUGGUGAUGAACUGCCAAUUACAAAUCAAAGCUGACAACUCCAGUGCUCCCUGCCCACUGAGGUCUGGGAAACCAUCUGGAAGCAGAACAUCUUUGUGUGUUUGCAAGACCAGAGGUUCUCCCAGGAGGGAAUGGCCAGGGCCACCCCAGCACUCCAGGCUCAGGGCACCCCAAUACAACUGUGGUGCAUCCUAAGGACAGGCAAGAGGCAAGGAUUCUCCCUGGGCAGCAGCACUUCUGCAGGAGCUACAGGCAGUGAAAUAAAGAUGCA